CGAAGACACAAUACAAGCGGCCAGAGAAGGGAUCUGCCGGUCAUGUGACCUUUGAUGGGUUUGUUACUAGCAAUCCUUCGUGUCUGUCUGCCCGACUCCUGAUGGCCGUGUUGGUGGAGAGGUUAUGAUUUUUUGUAGAAGUGCCCGAUGCCCCCCAAUGAAAUAUGUAUUUUAUUCCGGAGCUGUGAAUUUAGAACAUGAGCUAAUUGUAGACAAUACGAAACGAUUUUUUCUUGGGGGGAAAACCCAGAGGAAACAAGCCGGUCUAACCAUCACCGAGAUGCGGCAAAACUAAAACCAGCGGGAUGCAACUAUCGAGGUUGUCCG